UCUCGCUUUCCUGGUCUGGGGCAUUUUGCUUCUGCGGCUUCUGCGAAGCAAUGGAGGCUCUUGAUUCUUUUUCUACCCCAAAAAGAAGAUCAGAUACCCUGGCUACUUUCCGAGACCUGCUGCAGACAUCUCUGCCUAUCGAGCAGAUACAUCUGCGAAUUACCAGUGAGGACAAUCUAGAUCCGUGUCAUGUUUCCCCUGAGGAAGAAGCAGACUUCCAGGACACUGAAAGUACAGAACUGCCUAUGCUGGAUGAAGAACAGGAGCAGUUAGAAGAAGUCAACGACAGUUCCAGUAUGACAGAUCAAGCUGAUCGUAUAGAGGAGUUGACCCUGGACUCUGGGCCAAACUUAUCUUUGAACAAGCCUGUCCAGUCAUACGUAGAUGAAACUUUACCAGACCUGCUCAGAGGCGGAAAACCCCUCAGUAGACGUGUGUCCAGCCCUAUGUCAUACACGCUGAAGCAGGUUUGCAGGGAGGUAGAGGUGUCUCGGCGCAGGAGUCUGAGGCUGAAGGCUCAGGUGGAUAAACUGCAGGAGCAGAGUCAGGAUGGACUGGCCUGGAAUCAGCAGAAAAAUCGGGUGACAGAGGAGAUUCAGUCCAUUGUGAAGCUGCUGCUGCCUUUGACUGACUUGGGGCAGCCAGCUGACCCUGUCCCUCAGGGCAGCCCGCUGGACACCGCACUGCUUCAACUGCAGAAUGUGUCCCGCACACUUGCGCUCAACCACACAGCUCAUAGACAGUCCAGAGAUGGGAAGAAAGACAAUGAUGGAACUAUAUUACAGCAAGCUCUUCGAGACAGAGAUGAGGCUCUAGCAAAGAAAAAAGCAAUGGAGUCAGAGCUCCUGAAAUGCAAGACAGACUUGAUGACACUGAACAAUCAGCUGCUAGAGGCAGUGCAGCGGAGGCUGGAGAUGGCCAUCGAGCUGGAGGCCUGGAAGGAUGAUGUGCAGGCCAUCCUUCACCACCAGCUCCAGAAUCAGCAGCAGGCCGAACAGGCCCAGAAGAAGCCCAAAGGAUUCAGUAUGCUCCGGCGCUCCAAACAGGCCAGCCCAGCCCAGCCUCCAGCCCCUUGCCGAGCACCCACUUCCACUUCCACCUCCAUUUCCCAGUCCCCCAAUACACCCGUGGCUCAGCGCUGGAAAGACCGACUGCGACGAGGACGUGUCAGUCAGCAAACCUCCAGUUCCGCUGAACAGCUGGCCAACAACAGUUCCUUUGAGCCUGAGUCUCCAAGCAGCUUCAGCAAGGAGGACAGAUUUCAAAUAGUCUCUCUAGACUAAGGUUAAAAUUUUACCAUCUCCCACAAAGGCUAACACUAAUUUCUUAGCUGCUAUUGCUAGGUCAGACAAGCUUAAAGAAUAGUAAAAUUACCCAUUUCAAAUGAACUGAAAUAUUGUACUGCACAACUUAAAUAUUUUCCAAAUAUAACCGAGCUGGGCUAUGACACUAAUUAAAGCUUGUCAGAUUGCUGACAACAAUUAUGUUAGCUUGUGUUUUAGCUUUACUAUGUAACACUGACAUAACCUAUAUGGCUAUAAACAAAACCAAAAUGUCUUGGCAGAUGCCAUAUGCUGUCAUUGCCUGUCAAAUGACAGAUUAUGUCUAGUGAUAUAACAAUGUCAAGUUAGCAUCUCCACUAACUGUCCUAUAUCAUAAUACUUUGUUAGGAUGACCAACUAGAAUAAACAUCAAAAACUGGCAUGUGACGCAAUUUGUCACGACAUCAAACCUUAUAUCUCUCAUGACAAUAAGUAUAAGUAUAAGGUAACGAGUGUAUUAACACCAUAUAACAUCUGUUAUGGCACAUUCAUGGCAUGGUUAUCUAAAUGUUAUGUAGCAGGAUUCAAGCAGAGUGUUACUUGAAAUUAGUAUCACACACUAAAUUAUGGUGUUUCAGAAAAACUAGCAUUUUGUGGAAUUUCUCACUAGUUGAGUGGGAUUUUUGCCAGUAUUUUCAGCUAUUAAAACACAUUUGUGGGCAGAGCAUAGAAAGUCUAUCAUCAGAAAGCCCAUGACUACAUAAGUAAAGCCAUAUAAGUCUUUUUGGUUCUUGUUUUGGAAAUGUGCAGCUCCUCUACAAUUAUGAAGGACUAUUUCUUUGCUUACUGGCACCUUUUGCAAAGAAGUGACACCAGAACUGCACGAAGAAUCCUCCUUUUACAAAAUGUAAUAUACUUUUUGUUUUGGAUCACAAAUCUUUUUUAUCUGUAUGUACACAUAUGAAUACAUGCUACAAUCCUUAGUGAUGUGUAAAUAUAUAUACAACAAUCUCUAAAUGAAGUAUAAAAGAAGCAUAAAUGAAGGGAGACCCUGAAUGAUCUGAAAACUUGGACAUUUAUUUAGUUGGACAGGUGUACAGAGAAAACGUCUGGCAUGCAUUGUGAAUACAUUCACACAAACUGAUCAGAUUUUAUGAGAUAACAGGGGAAACACACAAAUAUAACAGAUACACUUCAGCCACUGAGAGGAGCCCUGGUGCAUGUUUAGAGUUUGGCCCCAUGUAUUGCUGUUUGCAAUAACAGGUUUUUUGUGCAAUCAAAUCCCACCUAAUGGCUACACUGGGUCGACUGUAUACAGAAGUAUUAAACACCAGUAAGCCAUUGAAACCAAGUGUUCUUUGAAGUCCAAGGUCCUCAGAAUCAGACAAUUAAAUUGAUCCUACAAUGAAA